AAACACGACUGUGACAAGACACCAGCAAAUGCCGUACCUUGAACAAGCCGUACCUUAGCUUCACUAACUAAUUGUUGUGCGGUGCCCACUGGACCGGUAACAUGCAUAAGAAGGUUGUUCGGAGCUUUGAAAAGAUGCCGAUUAACCUUUGGUUAGUGAAAGAGAUUUUUGAGCUCAUCUUUGGAACAGUUUUCUACUUUUUCGAAGCCUUUGUUCGACUCUUUAUUCCUCAUCCCAGAAAAGAUGUGGAGGGGGAGAUCGCCUUAGUGACUGGAGCAGCAAAUGGGAUUGGAAAACUGAUUGCCAAAGAACUUGGCCACCAUGGAGCAACAUUAGUACUAUGGGACAUCAAUAUAGAGGCACUUGAUAAGGCAGCAAAAGAAUUACGGCAAGCAUUAGAUGUGCGUGUUUAUGCCUACGCCUGUGACUGCAGCAGAAGAACUGAUGUUUACAAAGUUGCUGAACUGGUUAAAAGGGAAGUUGGAGACGUCACAAUCCUGGUGAAUAAUGCAGGCGUGGUAACAGGAAAAUAUACUUUCAUUGAAGCUCCUGACAAUUUAGUGGACAGAACACUAAGGGUUAAUGUUGCUGCUCAUUUCUGGACGUACAAGGCGUUUUUGCCAGUUAUGUUACAACGGAACCAUGGGCAUCUAGUCUGUGUGGCGUGCCAUGGAGGAUUGUUCGCUAUGAAUGGCCUUUCAGACUAUUGUGCGAGCAAGUUUGCAGCAGUGAGUUUUGCAGAAUCCAUUGCACUGGAGCUGCUUGUCCUCCAAAAGGAAGGCAUCAAAACAACAAUAGUAUGCCCCUAUCUUAUAAAUACUACAAUGUUUGCAGGAUGUCAAACAAAGAGACCAUCUUUUCUUCCAAUCUUGGAUAAGCAUGAUACAGCAAAAAAGAUUGUGGAUGCCAUAUUAAGGGAGCAGAUGUACCUGUUGUUACCUUCAAGUCUAUACUUUAUGAUGGCACUCAAAAGUCUCAUGCCCACCAAACUUGGCAUCAUCUUUAUUAACUUCUUCGGUGGUAUGGAUUUAAUGGAUCACUUCAGAGGGGUUCCAGUACCCAUUAUCAGCUACAAAAAGCCUCAGCGCCAAAGAAAUGAUAGUAUCAGUGAUCCACAGACCCCACUUAUCUAUUACAACUAGAAAAACUGUGUUAUAUAUUAUGAAUAUAUAGAAUAUAUAAUGAACAAAACCUUUUGCUUUGUAUACUAAAAAAUUCUCUGUGGUCUGUUUUGUCAUUUUUUUGUACUACAUAUUGUAUAAAACAAACCUCUUCAUGCAUAAGGAUUCAUUCAUACUUGAUUUUAACUUUAUCUUUGUAUGUCACGGGUAAAACCAACAAAAUUCUGUUAUAAAACAAUAGAAACCAUUGCAAGAAAGUCUAAAACAUUUAUAAUGUGAGUUGUACUGGUUUUAAUGGAAACUCAUGGGCUCUGUGGACCUUUGGUAAUGUGUUCGGUUGUAUUGAUGAACACAAAGAAAGGAAGAUAUUUUGAGGAAUGUUUGUAACAAACCCGAUCAGAAGCACCAUUGACUUCUAUAGUAUAAAAAUGAGAUACUAUGGAAUUAAAUGGUGCUUCUGAUCAGUCUGGUCACAAAAAUUCCACAAAAUGUCUUUUCAGAACAAAGAAAUGUUUGUAAAAGGUUUGGGUGAACUAUCCCUUUAAGAA